AGGCAGAGGAAAGGGGGAAGAGGUGGGGUGCGUGAGAAAGAGGGCGAGAGAGAGGGAGAGAGAGAGAGAAAGAAAGACAGAUUGGGAAAAAUAAUGGAAAUAGGGGUAGAGACAAGACAGGAGAGAGAAAAACUGCAGGGGAGUCUCUCUAGUUUGAUAGGAAGAGUGUAGCGUAGAAGAGGUGCUCAGAGCAGUUGACUGGCCGUGCACUCACAGCACAACCUCUCAAUCAGUGCACUUGGCUAUGCUUAUUCAGGAAAAACACACACACAUACAAAAACACACACAAGGAGGAAGGAGCUGGGAGCUGGGAAGGCAGCCCAGGAGAAGGAAACCAAAUGGGGCAGAGCGCCUGAGUUUAAGAUCCAGCAGCUGUCUCAAGGGGGGCAGGGGGGGCCUCCAGACGAGCACCGGCCAGCCAGUCAACGGGCCAGCCAUGGGGAGCUACCAGGCACCAGACAGAGAGAGGAGAAACCAGAAGAGCAUGUACCCAGCAGGACAGACCCUACCAGCAGCACUGCAGCUCCCCAACACCAGACGGCCACUACCAGAGAUGCAAGACAAUCGGGCUGAGUGGGUGCUGACUAAUUAGCUCUCACCCCUGAGCGGUUUAACCCGGGGUUGAAGGGGGGUUGCGGUCAACAGAUGUGGUCGUUGCGAAGGGCCAUGGGGCCAGAGCCAUCGCGGGGGCGCUGUCUGCUCAGGUGGCUCGGGAUGAAGGUGUGCCGCAGGAGCACGCUGGUGUUCGCCCUGCUCUGGUUCGGCUCCUGGGUGUUCCUCAAUGGCCUGGUGUUUGUGCACCGGACCAUCCUCUCCGACUACUGCACGGACGACAAGAGCAAGAAGAUCCUGCAGAGAGUGUGUGAGGAGUAUCGCAACGGCGCCCUAACCGGUGACCUGUGCGAGGACCUGUGCGUGAGCGGCCAGGUGGAGUACAGGCGCUGCCUCUACUACGAGAACGGUAAGAAGGUGAUCGAGGCCCGGUGGCGUGGCACGCCUGUGGUGCUCAAGUCCAAACUGGAAAACUUCUCCUCAUAUGAAAGCCUGGGUCUCCUGGAGUACCAGGACCCAGCCGAAGAGCUCUCUCCCCUGGAUGUGGUCUUCUACGCCACCCUGGAGAUCAGGAACUCCCUGGGGCUGGAUAUAAGCGGCAACGCCUCUCUGCCGCCGCUGUGGGGCCAGAGGCUUAGGGAGCAUGGGCAGGCCUACUCGCGGGCCGAGCUAGCAUCGCUGUGGUCCCUGCUCCAACAGGAGGAGUACACUUUCCUGAGGGUGCUGCAGGACCUCAGCCGCCACUUAGCCAAGGUGUUGGGCUCCUGCGGACACUUCUACGCUGUUGAGUACUUGUCGGCGGGCCACGCCUGGGACCAGAACAUCUUCUCGCUGGAGGAGGUAUCGGCGGGCCCACGGACGGCGAGGGACAUGGUGCACCGCAUCGCCCUCAGCUUCCUGGACAUGGCGUGGCGCUUCGACAAUGACUUCUCGCACCGCCUCCACCUGUGUGACAUCAAGCCGGAAAACUUUGCUAUCCGGAAGGACCUUACGGUGGUGGCUAUAGAUGUGGACAUGGCCUUCUUCGAGCCCAAAAUGCGAGACAUCCUUGAGCAGAACUGCACUAACGACGACGACUGCAACUUCUUUGACUGCAUAUCCAAAUGCAACAUGAAGACGAACAAGUGCAGUUCCAAGCGGAGAAAUAGCAACUUGCAGAGAAUUUGGCAGUACGUCCUACCGGCCUCACAACCGCAGACUACGUGUGACCAUGUCAGCCCAGCACCUCCACAUCCGUCUUCUUCACCUGCGGGAUCGUCUGAGAUCAACCACCCGGACAGCUGUUGAAAAACUGUUUGUUUGCACAAACUGUCAGAAACCAUCUCAGGGAAGCUCAUCUGCAUGCUCAUUAUCCUAACCAGGGUCUUGACCUGAUUGCAGUUUGGCGUUGUAACGAACUUCAGUGGGAAAAUGCUCAUAUUUGAUGGCCACUGGCACACUGGGGAAAUGUGCUCUUCACAGAUGAAGUACCGGGCAGAUGGCAGACAGUGUAUAUGACAUUGCGUGGGCGAGCAGUUUCUUGAUGUCAACGUUGUGAACAGAGUGCCCCAUGGUGGCGGUGGGGUUAUGGUAUGGGCAGGCAUAAGCGACGGACAACGAACACAAUUGCAUUUUAUCCAUGGCAAUUUCAAUGCACAGAGAUACCGUGACGAGAUCCUGAGGUCCAUUGUCGUGCCAUUCCUUCGCCGCCAUCACAUCAUGUUUCAGCAUGAUAAUGAAUGGCCCCAUGAUCUGGUACACAAUUCCUGGAAGCUGAAAAUGUCCCAGUUCUUCAAUUGCCUGUAUACUCACCAACCAUGUCACACAUUAAGCACGUUUGGGAUGCUCUGGAUCAACGUGUACAACAAGUUGUUCCAGUUGUCCCAGAAGUGGGACAACAUUCUGCAGGCCAAUUUCAAAAGCCUGAUCAACUCUAUGCGAAAGAGAUGUGUUGCACUGCAUGCGGCAAAUGGUGGUCACACCAGAUACUGACUGGUUUUCUGAUCCACGCCCCUACCUUUUUUUUAAAGGUAUCUGUGAUCAACAGAUGCAUAUCUAUAUUCCCAGUCAUGUAAAAACCAUAGAUUACUGCCUAAUGAAUUUAUUUCAAUUGACUGAUUUCCUUAUAUGAACUGUAACUCAGUAAAAUCUUUGAAAUUGUUGUAAAUUGCAUUUAUAUGUUGUUCAUUGUAUUUUCAACUCAUUCUACACAUUACAAUUAAACAAGUUGUUGAAUUGUUACUUGGCUGAUCCUCUCAAUAUCUUUACUAAAGCCCUCUGUCAUGGUUGUUGAAGGAACUGGACCAAGGUGCAGCGUUGUGAGCGUACAUUUUCUCUUUAUUUGAAAAGACGCAGAACAAAACAAUAAACACUACAAAACAAACCGUGAAGCUAAAGGCUAUGUGCACUAAACAAAGUCAACAUCCCACAAAGACAGGCGGAAAAAUGGCUACCUAAGUAUGGAUCUCAAUCAGAGACGACGAUAGACAGCUGCCUCUGAUUGAGAACCACACCCGGCCAAAGAAAUAGAAAUAAAGAAACUAGAAUGCCCACCCUAGUCACACCCUCAACUUUUAAUUACUUUAAUUAUGAGUGUGUAGUUGAGUGCUACAAGGAAUGUUAAUUUCUUAUGAUAACACUAGGGUUUUUCAGAGCAUAUUCAUAAUACAAGAAGUAAAUCCAGGUUAGAUAAGACUUCAAGAGUUCCUCAAUAGUAUCAUUAGCGUCAAGGGGCAUUGAUUCAAAUAAAUCACGAAUUGCAAGGGAUUGUAAAGGAUGUAAUCUAAUGCAGAUUAUUAAUGCCUUGCACACGGAAAUACAUUUUUAAAUAUAAUUUCCCAGACAUUCGCGGAGAUCACACGCAUUACACCCUUGAGGCCGGGAUCCAAUCCGAUUGCAUUUUUCUGGCAAUGCACGUUAUAAAGGCAAUAUUUCUGUGUUCAUGGAGACCACAUUCAUGGUGAACACUGCACGUCAGGCUCAAUCGAAAAUUACCUUGGCAUAUUGUCCACAUCUGCAAUCAGAUUGAAUCCCAACCCAAAAGUAAAUGCAGUACGCAGAUCGCAGAUCCGAAUUUGUUUGAAUACUGGCUUUGAGUCAAUACCUAGUCUUUGACAUACUACGCAUCCAAUUGAUAAAUUGACAUACUGUUGUCACUCACACUGCCGGAUGCACUGGAGAAGUGGAUAGCUCCCAGAUAAUGCCGUUUACGUGAUUACACCUGGUCCACCUCAAGGCCACAGGUGGCUGCUGCGAUACCUUUCCUCCACUUCUGAUCACUUAUCGUAACCCUCGCUGACCCCUACCUCUCCAUUGUACUGCCUGCCACACAAGGAGACAAUAGAGGCUUUGUCAUUUAACGAUUGCAGGGGUAGAGGAAAGGGUAUUUGUGUCUGGGUGGCUUAUGUCCCCUUCAAAUUGGCGUGUAAUAAGAAUAUGACUGAUAAUGACCUCAGUGAUAAUUAAAUAAGAACAGAGGAACAGUAGGUCACUCUCACAAUGACUACUGAUUGCCCCCUCCACUUCUCUCAACUUUCUGUUACCCUCUUUCCUUUUGGGUCUCUCAUGGUCACCCCCUCUUCUCUCUUCCUUUCUUCACUCCUCUCUGGUCUGUCACCCCCUCUUCUG